AUGAGGCCAGCAGCCGGGUGCCUCCUCUACUCCCCCCCUCCCCCCCCUCACCUGGAUGAGGCCAGCAGCCGGCAGCCGGGUGCCUCCUCUACUCCCCCCUCCUCCCCUCACCUGGAUGAGGCCCAGCAGCCGGGUGCCUCCUCUACUCCCCCCUCCUCCCCUCACCUGGAUGAGGCCAGCAGCCGGGUGCCUCCUCUACUCCCCCCUCCUCCCCUCACCUGGAUGAGGCCAGCAGCCGGGUGCCUCCUCUACUCCCCCCUCCCCCCCUCACCUGGAUGA